AUGCGAAUUCCUUCAUCCAGUGCAUCCAGGACGCUAGGAGACGCUUCCGGUUCUAUUACCAUGGAAGAAGUUUGCUUUGCAUCUACGGAAACAAAAUCAACGUAUAACUCUGUAUGUGCCACCAGCAGCAUUAGCUAUUUCAGCAAGGAAAUACGUCUGAGAAGGAAGUUGCGUCGCCAGUGCAAAAAGACCGCGAAAACGAAUGGACGUCGAGAGCGAAGGAGUUUGAAAAGGCGUGGUAGGAGAGGAACCUGCGCAAAAGUCUAUGCUUUAUUAAAGCAGUACAGCGGCAAGAUGAAAAAAUAUUUUCCGGUUCUCAACGCUGCCAAAGGAGUGGUUGCCGGUAAAGCAACCCUUCCAAUUUGGAGGGAAUACUUCAAGGCCCUGCUGAACCGGCUAGCCCCAUCAGCUCCUGAACUCGAGCACAUUCAUAGACCGACAUAUGCGGUUAACGAGGAGCCACCGACCGAGUCGGAGGUUCUAGUCUGUAUUCAAAAAAUGAAGAAUGGAAAAUCUGGUGGAGACGACGGGAUUAACGCAGAAAUGCUAAAAUAUCUUCCUCCGUCUGGGAUUCGUGAGAUGACAAAGAUCAUCCGUUCAAUAUAG